AUGAACGAACUACUUCAGGUAAUGACAGUUGUAACGCCACAACCGAAGAAGCCGCAAGCUGACAAACUGAUUUCCGAGCAGUUCUUGGCAGCCGAACUUGAGGAGGUCGUGAAAUUGCGAGAAGAGGGAGAGAAAAUUCCCUACAAACGAGAAAUUGUGUGGAGGAAUGUGAUCCUGUUUGCUGGCCUACAUGUGGGAGCCGUCAUCGGCUUGUACCAACUAAUUUUCAUCGCUAAAUGGACAACUUUGUUCUGGUCAAUGCCGAAAACAAGUCAACCGAAAGGGUUUUUGGUUUGA